GGGGGCGUGUCCGCGGCUGCCGGCAGCGUGUUAGUGUUUGUGUGCAUCUGGAGGCUCCUGAGUAGAUAGUAUUCAGUCUACCCGGUCAGCCGUUCAUCUUAAUAGCAAUGUCCGUGCAGGUCGCUACAGCGAAGAUGGCAGAUAUGGAGCUAAAAGAUUCGGUUAGAGACAGGCCACCCGAGGGUCCUACUGUGGUUCCUGCAGCUACGGCCGUAUCACCCGCAGAGCCUGACAACUGCCUGGCGGAUCCCCCGGUUAGCCAGCCUGUAAAAGGAGCCCCAGCCUCCGCUAUGAAAAGAACUGACACGGCGCAGCGCCCUCGGGAAGGUGGAGAGGGAGCCGGGUAUCCAGAGGGAGCAGUCAGCGAAGCCCCACGCACCGUGAAGAAGAUCCAGUUUGCGGACCAGAAGCGGGAGUUCAACAAGCGCCCGACAAAGAUAGGUCGCCGUUCUCUGUCUCGAUCAAUUUCCCAGUCAUCGACUGAUAGCUACAGUUCUGCUGCUUCCUAUACAGACAGCUCCGACGAUGAGACUUCACCCCGGGACAAGCAGCAGAAGAACUCCAAAGGCAGCGGCGACUUCUGCGUGAAGAACAUCAAGCAGGCGGAAUUCGGACGCAGGGAGAUUGAGAUUGCGGAACAAGAGAUGCCUGCACUCAUGGCUCUACGCAAGAGAGCACAAGGAGAAAAGCCUUUGGCCGGUGCCAAGAUUGUGGGGUGUACUCACAUAACGGCACAAACAGCCGUUUUGAUUGAGACCUUGGGGGCCCUUGGUGCUCAGUGUCGAUGGGCAGCCUGCAACAUCUACUCCACUCUCAAUGAAGUGGCAGCCGCUCUGGCAGAAAGUGGUGUCCCAGUUUUCUCUUGGAAAGGAGAGUCAGAAGAUGACUUCUGGUGGUGCAUUGACCGCUGUGUAAAUGUGGAAGGUUGGCAGCCAAACAUGAUCUUGGAUGAUGGGGGAGAUCUCACACACUGGAUCUAUAAAAAGUAUCCUAACAUGUUCAAGAAAAUAAAAGGCAUUGUGGAAGAGAGUGUGACUGGUGUGCAUCGCUUGUACCAGUUGUCCAAAGCCGGGAAGCUGUGUGUCCCUGCGAUGAAUGUCAACGAUUCUGUUACCAAGCAGAAAUUUGACAAUUUGUACUGCUGCAGAGAGUCUAUUUUGGAUGGACUCAAAAGAACAACGGACAUGAUGUUUGGUGGGAAGCAAGUGGUGGUUUGUGGCUAUGGAGAGGUUGGAAAGGGAUGCUGUGCAGCACUGAAGGCAAUGGGCUCCAUUGUGUACGUGACAGAGAUUGAUCCCAUCUGCGCCCUGCAAGCCUGCAUGGACGGCUUCAGGCUUGUCAAACUGAAUGAAGUCAUCAGGCAAGUGGAUAUAGUCAUUACCUGCACAGGUAACAAGAAUGUGGUUACUAGAGAACAUCUGGACCGUAUGAAAAAUGGUUGCAUUGUCUGCAAUAUGGGUCACUCCAACACUGAGAUAGAUGUGGCAAGCCUACGCACCCCUGAACUGACUUGGGAACGCGUGAGAUCUCAAGUAGACCAUGUGAUCUGGCCAGAUGGCAAGAGGAUAGUUCUGCUUGCAGAGGGACGCCUGCUAAACUUAAGCUGUUCGACUGUCCCUACUUUUGUGUUAUCUAUCACUGCUACUACCCAGGCUUUGGCUCUAAUAGAACUCUACAACGCUCCUGAAGGACGAUACAAGCAAGAUGUCUACCUGCUGCCUAAGAAAAUGGAUGAGUAUGUUGCCAGCCUUCAUCUCCCAACCUUUGAUGCCCACCUGACCGAGCUUUCAGAUGAGCAGGCAAAAUACCUGGGACUUAACAAGAAUGGACCUUUCAAACCAAACUACUACAGGUAUUGAGUAUUUCUGAAGACUGUGAGCCGGGACCUGUAGGAAGAUGGGGAAAAAAUCUGGAAAAUAUAUUCACAUAAGAGACACACCUUUCACAGCAACUGUAUCACCAGGUCUUCUCACAAGAACUGGACUUUCUGCCAUAUUAGCGAGCCUUGCAGUCGGGUAUUUAUUAAAAAGGCAGCACCUAGCGUUACGUGACUGCUGUCUGUGCUAGUCCAAAGGACUCAGCCACAGUGCAGAGUAGGGAAACGUUUUUCCUCUGUCACAUGCUGUACUUACAGGCUUCUAGCUAUCCGUUCACACUGCUAAAUCCCAGCCCCGGUUGGGAAGGGGAAUAAGUUGACUAGCAUGAAUCCUGGGUUUAAAGAGCAAAUUUAUUGGGGUUAAACUUGCGUUUUUAUUUUAAUCGUUUUUCUCAAGGCUGGGAAGUGUGGCUGUCUUAAUGAAAUUUGUAAAGUGAACUAAAUCUAUCUUACUGUGGUUUUUAAUGGUGAUAA